CAAAGUGCCAACUUUCCUUUACUUUAUUCCCUUUACCUAGUCAGUGACUCAUCAAUCUCUCCCAUGCUUUUAUAUAGGAGUAAACAUUUACUUUCUUUACCAAAAACCUCCAUUUCUAAAGAUUCAAAAUCAAACAAUUUUUCUUGAUCAACAAUGCAUAACAGUACAUCAUCAUCAUCACUUGGCCCAGGAGGUUUAGAUCUAAGCCAAGUUUUCUUCAAAUCCAUUUCCAACACUCAUCCACCAUCGCCCACAAAACGCCACACGAAAAUCUCCGUGAUUGGCGUUGGCAAUGUGGGGAUGGCCAUUGCUCAAACCAUCUUGACUCAGGAUCUCGUCGACGAACUAGCUCUCGUCGAUGCGAAACCUGAUAAGUUACGCGGCGAGAUGCUGGAUCUCCAGCAUGCCGCCGCGUUCCUUCCCCGAACUAAAAUAGUCGCUUCUGUCGACUAUUCUGUUACGUCCGGGUCGGAUCUUUGUAUUGUCACUGCGGGUGCCCGACAGAACCCGGGUGAAAGCAGACUGAAUUUGCUGCAGAGGAAUUUGACUAUGUAUAAAGGUAUUGUUCCGGAGUUGGUGAAGUACUCGCCGGAGUGUAUACUGUUGAUUGUGUCGAAUCCGGUGGAUGUUUUGACUUAUGUCGCGUGGAAGUUAUCCGGGUUUCCGGCGAACCGGGUUAUCGGGUCGGGUACUAAUUUGGAUUCGUCUAGGUUUCGGUUUUUGAUUGCUGAUCAUCUUGAUGUUAAUGCCCAGGAUGUGCAGGUCAGUUCAUUAUUUUCUAUUCCUUUUCUUCAAAUUUCUUUGAUUAUGAAUUUUCCAAUUUUUUUCUAAUCAUUUAGUUAUAAAGUUUGCCCUUUAUACAAUAUUUAUGUUUUAAUUCAAAUUACAAAAGGAGAUACUUUGAUCAUUGUACUCUGAAUUUAGUCACUCCCAGAAGUAUUAUUUAUGUUCAGUGGACAAAUUAGGAUGUAAUUUGUCAUUAUUAUUUGGUUGCGCCGCCCCACUAUGCAAAAUAUUAUAUCAUGGGAAUUCUGUCAUUAAUUUUGUUCUUUCCUUCUCAUGUAGUAAGCUUAAAGUCUACCAAUCACCCAUCAUUUUGCCAGCGGCCGAACCUAAUAGCGUUGAUCCGGAUUUCAAGAUGAUGGGUGCACUAGUAGAUCUAGAAUUUAAUUUGACAUAUUUAACUUUAGUCUCUUUUCAUAAAGUCACUACACUUUUGACAUUGUAGGUUCCAAACUAUAUACCUUUUGAAAUUUUAGUGAUUUUCA